AUGUCGCCUCGUGGAAGAACCCGGCAGGCCUUUGCGUGUCGUGGGAACGUGCAGAAGCAUGGCCGCGGAUUUCGAGUUCGUUUUUGGUGUGGAGAGAUUCAGAACAUGCGGGAGUCGAAGAAGAAAGCGCUCGCCGACUUCCAGUGUCUUCGCCAGUGCUCCACCUCGGGCGAUCUUGUGGCCUGUGCUGCGAGUCUGAAGGCACCCGCCUCUCCGCCCUGCAGCAGCCAGUCUUUGACUCUUUGCGGGCUAAACGUGCAGUAUCCGUGGAGUCGGCUCCUCAUGGUGCAAGGCGAUGGAUGUGAGUACGCUCUGGGGAAGUACCGCUGCUUCUCCGCGGGCGAGCAGCUGUUCUUCAUCGAGACUCUGGGCAGCGGCUCCACGCAGGGCGCCAUGGUGGACAUCGCGAUGGUUCGCGCUCCAUUGAAAGCGCAAGUGCUCGGCGUCAUCGUUUUGCGGGCAGCAUCGAGUUUGAGAAUUACGACCACUUCGAUGCUCAUCGACCGGAUACCUUGA